UAGCGCGCAGGCAGCACGUCGUCGUCGUCGUCAUCGUGAUCGUCAUCGGGUGUCGUGUUUGCAGUUCGAAAGAUAAAACCCCCAACCGAUAGCCCUCGACCGUCGCGUAAUUUCCGCAGAACUAGCCACUCGAUAUCGUUGCAAGAACUGUGCGGCAAAGAAGUGAAGUGAAGUUAGUGAUUAACCGGUGUACCGAGCCUGGGAGAAAGUGCGGUUCCGGCUGGACAAUAUGAUGGACGUAAGCAGCAUGUACGGCAACCACCCGCACCACCACCACCCACAUGCCAAUGCCUACGACGGCUACGGCACCACCCCCACAGCAGCUGCCAGCGCGAGUGGCUACUUUGCCCCGCAGCAGCACCAGCACCACCUGCAGCAACAGCAGCAACAGCAACAGCAGCAACAUCAGCAGCUGCAGCAGCAGCACCAGCCGCACUUAAGCUACAACGGCUACGAGAGCAGCUCACCCGGCAACUACUAUCCGCAGCAGCAGGCGCAGCUCACCCCACCGCCCACUGGCAACCACCAGGGGGUGCAACAGCAACCGCAACAGCAGCAGCAGCAGCAGCAGCAGCUCUAUCCGCACUCGCACCUUUUCAGUCCCAGUGCGGCGGAGUACGGCAUCACCACCAGUACGGCGACGGGGAAUCCGGGCACGCCUUUGCACCCCAGCAGCCACUCCCCGGCGGACUCAUACUACGAGAGCGACUCCGUGCACUCCUACUACGCCACCGCGGCAGUGGCCACCGUCGCCCCACCCAGCAAUAGCUCACCGGUAACAGCGGCCAAUGCCACUGCCACCAGCAACACGCAGCAGCAGCAGGCGGCGAUCAUCAGCUCGGAGAACGGGAUGAUGUACACCAACCUGGACUGCAUGUAUCCGGCCGCGCAGGCGCAGGCUCCGGUGCACGGCUACGCCGGCCAGAUCGAGGAGAAGUACGCCGCCGUGCUGCACGCCAGCUACGCCCCAGGAUUGGUGCUGGAGGAGCAGGAGCCCAUGAUGCAGCAGGCCACGCAGUCGCAGAUGUGGCACCACCAGCAGCACCUGGCCGGGGGCUACGCUCUGGAUGCCAUGGACUCGCUGGGGAUGCACGCGCACAUGCACCACGGCCUGGCCCACGGACACCUGGCCAACCUGGCCGGCAACCCGCACCAGCAGCAUCCCCAGCUGCAGCAGCAACAGCAGCAGCAGGCGCACCAGCAACAGCAACACCCGCAGAACCAAUCGCCAGCGGCCCAGCAGCAACACCAGGCCUCCGUGUCGCCCAACGGCGGAAUGAGCCGCCAGCAGCGCGGGGGAGUCAUCUCCCCCGGCAGCUCCACCUCCUCCUCCACCGCCUCCGCCUCCAACGGAGCACAUCCUGCGAGCUCUCAAUCAAAAUCGCCAAACCAUUCCAGCAGCAUUCCCACCUACAAGUGGAUGCAGCUCAAGAGGAACGUUCCCAAGCCGCAAGCUCCGAAACUACCUGCCAGCAUACACGACUACCAGAUGAAUGGGCAGCUGGACAUGUGCCGCGGUGGCGGGGGAGGGGGCAGCGGUGUCGUGAGCGGUCCUGUGGGCGUGGGGGGAAACGGAUCCUCUGGGAUCGGAGGCGUCCUGGCCGUGCAGAACUCCCUGAUGAUGGCCAACAAUGCGGCGGCGGGCAGCGCCCAUCCCAACGGCAUGGGCGUGGGUCUGGGCAACGGAUCCGGAUCCGGACUGAGCAGCUGCAGCCUCUCCAGCAGCACCAACAACUCCGGCCGGACGAACUUCACCAACAAGCAGCUGACCGAGCUGGAGAAGGAGUUCCACUUCAAUCGCUACUUGACGCGGGCGAGACGCAUCGAAAUCGCCAACACACUGCAGCUCAACGAAACUCAGGUCAAGAUCUGGUUCCAGAACCGCCGCAUGAAGCAGAAGAAGCGGGUCAAGGAGGGUCUCAUUCCGGCGGACAUUUUGACGCAACAUUCAACGCCCGUGAUCAGCGAAAAGCCACCGCAGCAGCAGCAACAACAACAACAACAACAGCAGACGGAGUUGCAAAUGAAGUCGCAGGGCAGCGAUCUUGGUGGCAAUGAUCUGACCUCCGGAGCAACCUCAUCACCUUCGGCGACUUUAACACUUGCGGCACCUACAACAAAACAGAGUUGAACACUUUUUAGUGCAGUAAUUGUUAUUGUUAUGCUGUUGUUGUUGUUGCCGCCAAAUUAUUGACGCAUUUCGUUGUGAUAAAUUAAUAGAAAAUGCACAGAAGAUCAGACAGAAACAAACUAAAUAAGGAAAUACAAUAAAUAACUAAAUAUUAUGUCGUACACGUAGCAAAUUGAGAAUGUAAAUCAUCCAUACAAAAUCUGUAAUCAAACGCUAGGAAUUGUGGAAUCGAGGUGCCAUAUUCAUCUAGGGCUGUACAUACUUAAAUUAACAUUUGCAUUGCCGCAGCUGAAGUUUAUUGGACUAGCAUAAACUAAACUCAGGGUUUUAUGAAAAACUUAACUUACUUAAAAGCACGCAGAGCAAUUGACAAAACACUGAAACAAACAGAAUCAAAAGGAAUAUCCAAAACUAAAACAUUAGAAACUAGACCAGAACUAUACCAAGUAGAAACCCUAAUGUACACCAUCACCACCACUCGUCUGUAGUAUUAUAGCUUAGUUUUAGGAUGCCCCGAGUUAUUCGUUUUCUGCUAGAGUGUAAUCGGUAAAACAAUCUUGAUGUACGUCUGUAUAUUUAAUCUAGUCCUAAUUGUAAUAUAAUUAUAACUGUACAACACAUUUAUGAAUAAACAAUAAACGAAGUCCGAUUGGAA